CUGGAUCCCAUCAGAGGCUGAGGGCUGAGGCUGCGCUGGACACUCAAAGCUCCUGCUGUGGCAGGGCUGCCGGGAAGGCGUGCAGGGACUCCUCACUUUCUCUGUUGGACUUUGAGAUUAAAGACGCUGAGGUCUCCCCAUGGCUCCUUAUCUCAUCCGCAAAUACCAGGAGAGCGACCACAAGUGGGUCGUGGUCGAGCACAUUCCUGCCACUUUCCACCACGUGCUGAAGCUGCCCCGCACUCUCGUGCUCUUGCCUGGGGGGCCCCUGGCCCUACUCCUGGUCUCUGGCUCCUGGCUCCUGGCUCUCACAUUCGGCCUCGCCCUCCUCCCUGUCCUGUGGUUCCUUGCUGCACGUCCCUGGACAGAGUAUGUGGACAUGAUUUUGCGCACGGACAUGGCUGACAUCACCAAAUCCUACCUGAGUGAGCCUGGCUCCUGCUUCUGGGUGGCUGAGUCUGAGAAGAAGGUGGUGGGCACAGUGGGAGCUCUGCCCGUUGAUGACGCCACUUUGCAGGAGAAGCGGUUGCGGCUGUGUCACCUCAUUGUGUCCUCUGAGCACCGUGGUCAGGGGAUAGCAAAAGCCCUGGUCAGGACUGUCUUCCAGUUUGCCCGGGACCAGGGCUACAGUGAAGUUUUCCUUCAUGCCACCAAAAUGCAGCUUUCUGCCAUGGCCCUCUACAAGGGCAUGGGCUUCCAGAAGACCGGCCGGUCCUUCCUCACCAUGAGUGCGAGGCUAGUGGAUCUUCACGAAGUUCAUUUCAUCUACCGCCUCCCUUCUGCUCAGGUUGGGGGCCCGUGAUCUCCUUCCUUGUGUAUCAGUCAGCAGAGGAUCCUCAGUGCUGGGGCAAUACGCCAAGCUGACCUUUCAGUGCUGACACAAUAAAAGCUUAUUGGUCAUUCACAUC